AUGCGCUAUCAGCUCAGGGCACGCACGGGCUGCAUCUAUGCUGCCAGGCACGAUACUGGAGCUAGCCAGCGGUCAGACGGAGCCAGCCAGCGCUCGGGAGCAGCCAGCCAGCGCUCAGACGGCCCUGUCACAUCUGACAGCAACAGCGCAUUGCCGCUGGAGUAUGAGGAGGUCAGCGCACUGCAGGCGCAGCUGCAGGACCAGGCAAACUAUGAGCAGCACAGGGCGGAGCACCCAGAGCUGCAUGCAGUGCCAGCGAUGAUGAGCAGGCUGCAGAGAGAUAUUGCUGAGGUGCUGGCAACGGGAAACAUCGACAUGCAUGACACGUUGUGCAUGUGGCACGGAACAGCGGAGGAGGCCAGCGAGCUCAUCGCAAUGAAGAUGCUGGAGUCAGUGUCAGGAAAGCCAGCGGGGCUGCGGCAUGCCUACUCCCUCGCGGCAGCAAAGGGGGAGCAUGCCGCAGCGUACCGGGCAGUCAGGCAGGAGCUGUCGGAGCUGGUGGACAGGGUGUUGACAGCCCUCCUGUUCGGCCACGACAUCCGCGGAGACUUCAGGGCCAGCGAGAUCUUCAGGCGCUUCAGGCGGCUGCUGCAGGCGGCACAGCCAGACACGGUGGUGUACAUCUCUACGCUGGUGCUGAAUCGCCAAGCAAAGCACCAGGUCGAGCAGGCGAUGGCUGGAGCCAGCAUUGGGCUGCACGCUGCUGGAUCCCAGUGCAAUCUCCACGCUCCUGCGGGCAACAGAAUGGGCCGCCUGACGUCCCGGCUAGAGGAUGCUGCCAAGAAGAAGCAUCGCAAGAGCAAGCGCGCCACGGAGCAGAGUGAUGGCAGCAGCCAGAGUGAGGGGAGCAGGGGGAGCGUUGAAGGGGUCGUGCAUCCCUUUGCUCAAUAUGAGGCUUUCUGCAAUAAGUUUGCUGCGGAGGAAGCCUUUGUCGCACUUUCGCAGCCAGUGGGGGUGGGGGCAAACUAUGUGAGGGUGAAGGUGCUGACGGUGAGGAGGGGCACCGACGGGCAGCUGUCGGGCGUGCUGGGCACCUACAUGGGCAGCGCAUUCGGGGGGUUCAGUGUCUUCUACGAGCAGAUGGCCACAGCUGAGACAGUCGCAGCUGUAGAGGCAGAAGAAGCAGCCGAAAAGGCUCAUGAGUCAGAGGAUGAGGCAGGCGCCGCAGCUGAUGGUGAACAGCACAAACAGCACGAGGCUCACGCACCAUCUGAUGACGGGGCAGCCGCAAGCUGCGGGGCAUUGGACUCUGCGGCAGGAGCAAGCGCUGAGGGGCUUUGCGCAGCCCCGCCGGACGCAGUUGGGGUCGCAGCCGCCUCCCUGAAACAGACAGCCGCUGAUGGUCACGCCACAGAGAGUCAGCUGGAUGAGGCACUCGCGGCCGUCCGGCACGAAAUCCAAGGCCUCACAGUCGCUGAUGCCAUGACCUUACCUAACCCGGAAGCGGACAUGCGCGACAACAGUCUGGCGCGUCGCCCGGAUGUCCUGGAGAAGGGGAAGAGGCGGCGGCCGCCGCCAGCGCCGCACGCAUCAGCGCAUGCCCCGCCCCUUUUUGCCGCCUGCAAGAAAGCCCAGGACCAAGAUGUUAGCUGA